AACUCUGCUGAACAGUUUCCGGUAUAGAAGAAGAAGAAGCAGAAGCAGAAGCCGACAGCUCAGACCUCCAUGGUUCAAACAGGCGCUACAUGCUAACCUGGAGCUAACGUUAGCAUCAGCUGUUCAGCGCUGAUAAAUCAGUCAGUUUAUUAUCUAAUGUUUCAGUUUGUGAACGUUAAUGCUGCUGAACUUCUACUACAGAAGCUAACUGCUAACAACAGGAGAGGAAACACACUAACUGCGUCUUCAGGGUCUCUGAUAUGAGCAGCGCUGCUCAGAGGAAGAGGAGGACCACAGGAAGUCCUCUGGUCUCCAGACCCAGCACCAAGACCAGCAGAGGGGCCAGCGCUAGGAGGCCGUCGGCCAGCGCUAGGAGGCCGCCGGCUAACGCUAGGAGGCCGCCGGCUAACGCUAACAGAGCAGCUAACAGGACGGCUAACGUUAGCGCGACGUCUGAUGUCAACCCUGCCCCCCCCACAGAAACCAUCGACGUGAUGGACAACACGGAGGACAGUGUAGAGGAGGUGGUGGAUCUGACCUGUGAGGGAUCAGAAGCUGCUGCUGUGGUCGACCUGACGAACAACGACUCAGUACUGCUGGUGGACGAAGGCCCUCAGAACAGGAGAGUCCCCACAGGUGAGAGUUACGUCGUCAGCAGUGAUGAAGAUGAGGACGCGCCCCCUGUCGUCAACACUGCAAUAAUGUCCUCUGUACAGAACCCCAGCUUCUCCAGGUCGACUCCGGGGACGAUCAGCUGUCCCGUCUGUCUGGACUCAUACUCUGAGAUCGUAGAGAGCGGCCGAUUGGUCGUUUCCACUAAAUGUGGUCACGUGUUCUGCAGCCAGUGUCUGAGAGAUGCUCUGACAUCAUCACACACCUGUCCUACCUGUAGGAAGAGACUGACCCACCGCCAGUACCACCCCCUCUACAUCUGACAUCAUCACACACCUGAGGUACCGUUGGAUCAGUGACGUCAUCAGAUCUAUCAGAAACAAAAGACUUUGUGAGCUGCGUUUUAAUUAAAGACUGGUAACGAUCGA